CUCUGUAUAAGCCAUGGGAAGGUCCCAUACGCCAUUAUGCUGUUAAGAAUGAUCCCGGAGACAUAGCCUUUGUUGAAAGUGUUGAAAUCGUUCCCUGUUCAGCGCAACUGGCAAAUGUGCUAUCUGAACAGGUGGCCACAAUGCGCGUCACCACAGUGUCAAUGCAACAUGCACAAUGAGCGUAUGUCUAUUUAUGGCCAUGAUCUGACCCAUUUUAAGAGGAAAAUAUCAAAUCAAUACCCAGAUUGUUUUGUAAAAUGCUGUUGGUGACAUCAGCCGGACUUUUUCUGAAGAUUGUGAUGACACAGUUACCAGUUUAGCAUUUCAAAGUUUUCAGCGUGACGUAGAGUUAAAAAUACAUGUUUACAGUUCACGCCUUGCUCCUUGUGACGUAACACCCAAGACGCUACCUGAGAUAUACUUGAUUAAUCUCAGGUGCGCGAGUGACACGCCGAUCUGAUCAGGAAUAUACUAAAGGCGAAGUGAGAGGCAGAGCUCCACAAUUAACAGCGACUUUGGUUUCAGAGUGAUAUAGUGUCCCAGCGAUGGGGAAGCGACUACACUGUGUCAUUGUGGCCAUCGUGACGUCACUGAGCGGGUUCCUCAUCUCAAGCACCGUGACAACCGUGUAUAGCGGAGCGAACAUUAUCGGACUCGAGUUUUAUGGCAGCGUGGUGUCCUGGGUGCCCAUCGCCAUGGUGAUGUCUUUUGGAUUAGCAGCCCCCACGUGCGGUGUGAUUGCCACUGUGCACGGACCCAGACUGGUCAGCCUUGUCGGAGGGGUAGUGGUCACUUUGAGCAUGCUGGUCAGCGCCUUUGCUCAAUCAGGUGUCCAUGCGUUUAUUACCUUCGGGAUCAUCACAGGUAUUGGGUGCAGCCUAGUCUAUAUCGGCAUCUACGAAUCAGUUAAGACAAUGUUCACUACAAACAGAAACAUUGUGUUUGGCAUCGUUGGAUGCAUCAGCUUCUUUGGCUUCUUCACAAAGCCCCUGACACAGAACGUUCUUGAUGUGUACCAUUGGCGGGGGACGUUGCUCAUCUUCACGGGGGUACUGAUGAACAUUAUCCCCCUCUCCUGCCUCCUCCCUAGCGCUGAACGCAGAAAAGAUAACCCUCAACCCAGUAUCACGCAAGGAGGCCUCAUCAAUGACAUGAACAGAAGGCCAAUAGUUCGCAACUCAUGGGCACAGAAACCCAAUGGGGUCAGACUAUCCACGAGACGGGACUCGGAAGAUUUAGAAACUUUGUGGAACGAGGGGCCUGAUGAACCACGUGCUCUCUUAAAAGUAAGCAGGAUACUUGACAUGAUGAAGAUCUGGAGAAAGACAGGUUACUUCGCCCUCUUAUUUGCCACCAUGCUGUAUGGGUAUGGCGUGUCUGUCGUCCUCAUGCAUAUCCAAGAAUAUGUCAUCGUAAGAAGCUUUACUGCCAACCCAGGUUCUGAGUUGCUGCUUAUUGUGUUGGGUGUGAGUGUCUGUGUGUGGACCCUACUUCAGGGAGUUGUUACCAACUACUUGCUUGACCCUGUGUACUGGUACGUGAUGCUUGCUACAGUGGGCGGGCUGAUAACGUUCGUGUUCAUCAUCCCCCUGCCUUUAAGCAUAAUAUUCGUUUAUGCAGCACUAGUUGGAAUAAGCUUUGCAGGAACAGGAAGGGAGAUAACUGCAUCCAUCAUCAUCAACCUUGCAGGAGAAGACAACUUUGCCUUCCCCUUUGGAAUAAAUGUAUUUGUGUCAACAAUGGCGAUGUCAAUAGCUUCACCGUCGACGGGUUGGAUCCUGAAGAAGGCACAUUCAUACAAGCCUGUGUUUGCAAUUGCUGCAGUUGCCAUGGCGAUGGCGGCCAUCAUCGUUUUCCUGUUACAGAAGAAACUUAAGAGAACUUCUAUUCAGCUUGAAAGGUCGCGUCGUCGGGCUUUGUCUGAUGACGAGACUGGCAUGGUGCUUGUUACAUCACUCUGAUGAAGCGUUCCUCUUGAUGCUAAGAUCCGCCUCUUCCUGCCACAAGACCCGUCAUGAUCUUGGCCCAUUUGGCACCAAAACAGAGUAAUUACAGUUAUUACUUGAGAAAGACUCCACGGAGAUUUGACCAACCGUCGGUGUGGAUGUGUCCCUCCCAAGUGAAGAAAACGUAGCUAGGAGAUAACAAGGGAUGGUUUCACAACUGGACCUUAAAUAGCGUUCUGACAACAAGUAUUACAGGACCAGUUGUUUUGACACCGGGGAACGUUUACAAUAGUGUUGAGACAAGGAGAAAGAGCUUUGACCCCAUUGUGACUCUGCAACACGUUUUAUUGUCAUGAACGUUACUUGAACCAGUAGUUUUUAUAAUGAGUUUCACCUCGACGUGAAGUUGAUAGCCAAGAUGUGUGUGAAACACAUUUGUGACGAUCUAACUCUGUUUGUUGACUAAUAUCUUGUAACAUGAUACCAUUUGUUGGUGCUGUAGUUAAGUAGGCUUGUCCCGUAAGCUGUGAGCCGUCCACUGUAUAUUUAUGCCUAAAAUAUUUUUUUGUCCUAACACGAUCGGUUCCCUCCGUUGCAAUGUAGUAAUAGACACGACUGUGUUAUUUGUAAGUUGCAUGUCCCAUAUUGAAGUCUGUAUCUGUACUAACUAUAAACAGAUCAAACCGUACACAAACAGGCAAUACUUGAAGGAUCUGAAACUGCGAUUCUGCAAGAAGCCUUUUUAUUACGGCUAACAAAAGGGAACUACAUACAUUUCGUAGAAAUGUCUACAACAUUUGAUAAUAUACAUGAUCAACUGUACACUUUUGACAAUACACAUGUACAUGUUUUUACCCACUGUAGAUGCUUUCUGCCUCUGAUGAUGUCCGCUGCUGACUUUGUGUAUGCGAUAUGGGAUAUGUUUUCCUUUUUCAUAAAAAAAAUAUGCUUGCCAUUUUGAAGUUUGCCUGGAGAUUACUCUACAAUCUGCCUAUUGUCCUACUAAUCAGCAAAACAGUCACUAGCUGUAACUCCUGUAUAAGUACCAAUUAAAAUAUUCUUUAUCCAUUCAA